AUGCGCGGCUUCGUCGCCGAGCUGGCGGCCAAGGCCGUCGAGUCGGACGCGGGCUCCGCCUCGGACAUCGGCCACCUCGCGCCGCACGAGUACCGCCUCUCCCUCGUCGCCUCGCCCGUCUCGUGCGGCACCCAGUCGAUCGGCGUGAGCGACGCGUCGCUGGCGCCCGCGCCCGUCUCGCUGCCGCUGCCCAAGCUCACUUCGCUGCUGCAGGCGUCGGGGGGAGGGCGGAAGGAGUGCGCUACUCAGGCGUCGGGCGAGGCGCUCUACUCCUCCGACGAGCCAGCCGUCGCGGGCGAGCUCUGCGGCGCUUUCGCGGGCGAGUGGUGGUCUCGCGCGGCGGCGGAGGGCAAGGCCGCCGUGGAGGGCAAGCUCCGCAUCGGGGGCCAGCGCCACUGCCAGCGCCACUUCUACCUUGAGACCAACACCGCGCUCGCCCUGCCGGUCGAGGGAGGCGGCCUCUCCAUCACCUGCGCCAACCAGAACCCAACCCGCACGCAGACGGCGGUGGCGGGCGCGCUCGGCCUCCCCCUCGCCACGGUGGACGUGCGCGUGCGCCGUAUCGGCGGCGCGUACGGCGGCAAGCUCAACGCGCACCUCCCGACGGCCAUCGCCGCGGCCGUCGCCGCCGCCAAGCACGGCCGCCCCGUGCGGCUGCACAACGACCGUUCGGACGACAUGGCGUCGACGGGCGGCCGGCCGCCGAUGGAGGGCUCCUUCCGGCUCGCGGUGGACCAGGGCGGCGUCGUCUCGUCAAUCGAGCUCACCGCGGCGUUCGACUCUGGCGUCGUCGACGGCGGCGCAGUCUGCUGGGCGGACAACGCGUACCGCGCCGACGACUUCGCGGUGCACGGCUCGUUCUACAACUCCGGCGUCGUAGGCAGCGCCGCGCGCUUCCCCGGGGGGGUGACCAUCCCGCUGCACGAGUUGGCGAUGGAGGCUGCGGCCGAGGCGGUCGGCUUGCCGGCGGACGCGGUGCGCGAGGCCAACCUGUACGCCACGGGGGACGCGGCCCUCUGCGGCGUCACCGUGGGCGAGAACGGCUUCAACUGGAACCUGCCGGCGAUGUGGCAGUCCGCGAAGGCGCGGUGGGAGGUGGAGGCGUUCAACCGCUCCAACCGGUGGCGCAAGCGCGGGCUGAGGAUGGUCCCCGUCAAGUACGGCAUCGAGGACAACGGAGGCGCGUACAAGGAGGGCUGCUCGCUCGGCGUGCUGGCGGACGGGUCCGUCCGGCUGGCCCACGGAGGGUGCGAGCUAGGGCAGGGCAUCCACACUAAGGCGGCGCAGGCGGCCGCCUUCGCCCUCGGCUGCCCGCUCGGCGGCGUGUCUGUGUCGGACACCUCGUCGCUCGCCACGCCCGGCUCGGCCGACACGGGCGGCUCUGCCACCUCGGAGUGCGUCGCGGUGCUGGACGCGGCGGAGACGCUCAACGCUCGCCUGCUCCCCUUCCGGCCGGCGGCUGGCGCGGCGGGGGAGGGCGCGUGGGAGGCCACAGUCAAAGCGGCGACCGACGCGGGCGACUCCCUCGUGGGGGGAGCGGCUGGGGUGGAGGGAAAGGCGCCCGCGGGGAAGGGGGAGGGUGUGAGUAGGCGUGUCCCUCGCGGCGAGCGGCUGGUCGAGAUCGACGCGCUGUCUGGCGAGACCUGCAUCCUGCGCGCCGACCUGCUCAUGGACCAGGGGACGCCCCUCAACCCGGAGAUCGACCUCGGGCAAGUCGAGGGGGGCUUCGUCAUGGCGCUCGGCCUCUUCUUCUCCGAGGCCGUCGUCUCCCACUCGCCGAGCGGCGCGCCGACGACGCUCGGCACGUGGGAGUACAAGGCGUCUGCGGAGCCGCCGAUGGCGCUCGCCGCCGCCGCCUUCCUCGCCGCACGCGCCGCGAUCCUCGCGGCGCGCGCCGACGCGGGAGACGCGUCCAAGCAGCCUCCGCUGCACGUCGAUGCGCCGCUGACUCCGGCGGCCGUCCAGGCGGCGUGCCUCGUCGACACGUCGCAGUUCGUCCUCCGGUAG